AUGCCCUUCCUGGUGGAUCUUCUCCUUGCCAUUGCACUCACCUCCGUGCUGAGACUGAGUCGUUCUACCUCGAAACAAGCCAAGUCAAGAUCUGACUUCGUGGUGAUCUAUGUCGUGAACACGGUGUCGGCUUCCCCUACGACUUCGUCGGUGUACUUGCUCUUCAGCAUCAUCGCCACGCGCCUGUAUGCAAACACCAUGCCUGUACUCAAUUCCCGUGACACCGACAAAGGCCUCAUUAUUUUCGACAACACAUCCGGCCCCAGUGCCAUAGAGCGCGCGAACCGCCGAGCAAUCGCCCAGACGUGGAACAUUCCCCAGGUACCGGAGAGCGCCCCCGGGAGCAUCCAAAUUGGGAUAGCGACGGAAACAGAGGGAAGGAAGUUAGACUUCCAGGUGGCGACAACGGCAUCCAUACAAGGGGCGGAGAAGGAGGGCAGGUCGAUGCUUUGA